AUUAAGACUUAAUUGAAGCACACGGGAGAAAAAAUCCCUCUUCUCCCGGGUGAGUCACAUUUCGAUAAAGAAGACGCGAUCUGCUAAACUGGUUUCGGCUGUUGUUUUGGCGUCGAGUCGCGAAAAGGGAUACUCAGUCUGUUCCGAGAUGCGGCCGAGUGUUGUCGUGGUGGUGUUGUUUGCGGUUUUCGGUGCGGUCGUCGGACGGUUGCAGCCGGCCGAGAAUGUGUUCCCGACUGACGUGAACAAGGCGUUGCUGCCCAACGUGCGGCAAAGCUUGAACGAUUGCCACCUGCGCUACCACAAGUACGGUGACUACAACUUGAUCUAUCCCAUCUUUGGGGUUCCGGCGCGAAUCGGGGAAUUUGCGCACAUGGCGGCGAUCGGGUGGAGCGGACCGGGAGGCGCGGUCGACUUCAACUGUGGGGGAUCGUUGAUAACGGCCAGCCACGUUCUGACAGGCGCGCAUUGUGCAACACGGGACGGCACUCCACCGGAUGUGGUCCGACUGGGGGUGAUCAAUGUCAACAUGAGCAUCGACGAUCCCCGUAACAACUACGCCCAGCAGUACCGGAUAGCUUCGUUCAAGCGUCACCCCGAGCAUCGUUUUUCUGCUUACUACAACGACAUCGCGAUCAUCACACUCGAUCGCAAGGUGGCAAUUAAUGACGUAGUGACGCCGGCCUGUCUGUGGACUCAAAACGAGGUGGAUUUCCCCCGACUGGAGGCGGUUGGAUUUGGUCAAACCUCAUUCGCGGGGGAUAAAACACCAAUUCUGCUCAAAGUUAAGCUAUCUCCGAUCGACAACGCGGAAUGUGCGCUGACGCACACCUCCGCGAUCCGUCAGCUGCGCCAGGGAAUCGUCGACAGUCAACUGUGCGCAAAGGAUAGCGUUAUGGACACUUGUCUCGGUGACUCCGGCGGUCCACUUCAGGCCAAACUCAUGUCCAAUCAUCGAACAACGCCGUACGUCGUUGGUAUAACCUCGUUCGGGAUGUUCUGCGGCACGGAAGCGCCCUCGGUCUAUACCCGGAUUUCCUCGUACAUUCCGUGGAUUGAAAGUGAAACCAACGAAACGUUCGCGUCCGGAGAAUGUGCCUCGCGUUACAUCCAUCUGCGGGAAGCAGAUGAGUCCAUGGUAACGACACGAGCCGGCGAUCACGUGUUUAUAGAACCGGAGAAAAGCUACAUGGACAUUGAGUUAUUUUCCAAACAUCGAGUUUAUCUGGGAUACGAGAGAAAGCAGGACAAUUGGAUCCAGUGGAACUGUGGCGGUGUGCUGAUCAACGAAGAUUACGUCCUGACGGUGGCGCACUGUGACAAGUUUGUUUUCGAUCAGACGCCGAGUCACGUGAAGGUGGGCGAUCUGGACAUUUUCGCAAACAAUCCGGAUGCGCAGAUCAUCGCGAUCGAACAGUUCAUCAAACAUCCAAACUACAGGGAAGGGUUCAUGGAGAACGAUAUCGCUCUGGUGAAGCUGGCUAGGGAUGUCAAAAUAGGGCCAAAUACCCUGCCAGCCUGUGUAGUGAACAACGAUCUGACCAUGGAAAUGUACGAAAUGAACGGCUUGGGACCGUAUAAUUUGAACAACUUUCUGCGCACCGACGAAUCCAUGUCGAGAAAUAGCAGCCUGGUACUGACGCGGAUGCGCGUCGAUCCGACGCCAUGCCAGCGCGGAAACAGCAACCAGAUCAUGUGCGCCAAGAACAGCAAAUUUCUGGUGCCCCAGACGUGCAGGAUCGAGCACGGCGGUCCGCUCGAGCGCGAAACCUGGCACUACGACCGAUACUUCCAGUACGUGUUCGGACUAUCCGUUGCGGGCAAGGACUGCGGCUUCGGCAGCGAGGCGUACUUUGUCCGAACGAGCGCGCACGCCGCCUGGAUCGAGUCGAUCGUGCUGCAAAAGCAGCAGGCUCAACGCAGACGCCAGCGCAGGCAGAUAUUCUUCCCGGACCAGGAGUACGGCGUUCCGGUGAGGGUUGGGCAGGCUUGCGUGACUUCGAGAAAUGUGGCGGGAGUUUGCGAUUAUUACCGAAACUGUCCGAGUAUUAAUAACUCGGCAACAUUGCUGGUGAAGUUCUGUAAACUUGGGGUUGACCCUAUGGUUUGUUGUGAAAGGUCGGCGGCCAUACGGAGUGGUUAUAGUUUGAAGAAGUGCGUUGCGCAUUGGAAACAGUUUAAGCGACCGGAAGAGGAGGAGUACGAGAGUAUUCCUUCGGAGGGACGACCCGUGCAGGUGGAGGAGUAUCCGCACAUAGUUUUUAUCGGAGUUCGGAGGAAUAAUCAGGUUUACUGGAGGUGUACUGGGGUGUUGGUUAGUGACGAGUUUGUACUUUCCAGUGGAAGUUGCGUGAAAUCGGGAAUGAUUGAUGUGGUGAGACUUGGGGCAGUUUAUUUGGACGGUGGAAACUCGGUUGGAACAGGGGAAAUUAUCAACAUUGCACAGAUCUUGACACAUCCGGAGUAUGAUUCAACCACGAUGAGGGCAGAUUUGGCUCUGAUAAAACUAUCAUCGAGAGUGACCUUCAACAGCAGAGUACUCCCGGCGUGUCUAUGGCCAAACCAGGACUCAAUACCGCUGAAACUGUACUCGUUAGGAGUCGAUGAAGGAAUCAUCAGCGUCCGGCCGCGCCUCUCCAAGUACAACCAGGACUGCCGGAAGUUCUUCCAGCUGCGUAGCCUCGCCGACGACGAGCAGUUGUGUGCCGAAAACUACUUCAGCACCAGCGAUUCUUGCUUGGACCGCAACGGGGAUCCGAUCGAGGGAACGCUCGCCAACGGAAACAUCAAGAUUUCCAUCGUCGUAGGGCUGACGGCGUACAGUGCGGGUUGUCCCGGCGCACCAGAGACGGUCACCGUGUACACAAGGCUUUCGGCAUACAUGGAAUGGAUUCGGUCCAUCGUGGAAUCUUAAGCUGUUUACUUUUAAGUUACAAAUUAUACUGGGAAAUGCGUCGAUUUGCUGGUACCACUUAAUACCGACUA